GGCACGCCCCCACACCGCACACGUAGAAAGUGCGCGCGCACUCAGUGAGCGCCGCUGGCGCGCAGGCGCGGCGCACGGGGCGGGGCCUCGCGAGCGGGGUCCGAGGCGGGAGAUUCCCAGGCGGUCAACGCGGUCCCCAGAGCAAACAGUCUCUGCCCCCUUUCCUGCAGCUUUGCCGUCUUGGGAUCCCAUGGCUGUCCUCACUGGGCUCUGGGGCUCUGCCGCCCAUGUCAGCAGAGCAUUCAGCCAGCGCUGCUUCAGCACCUCUGGAAGCCUCAGGGCAAUCCAGAAGAUGACUCGGGUCCGUGUGGUGGACAAUAGUGCCCUGGGCAACACGCCAUACCAUCGGCCUCCGAGAUGCAUCCACGUCUAUAACAAGAGUGGAGUGGGCAAGGUGGGCGACCAGAUCCUGCUGGCCAUCAGGGGGCAGAAGAAGAAAGCCCUCAUCGUGGGGCACUGCAUGCCUGGGUCCCGAAUGACUCCAAGGUUUGACUCCAACAACGUGGUCCUCAUUGAGGACAAUGGCAACCCCGUGGGGACUCGGAUUAAAAUCCCUAUCCCCACCAGCCUUCGCAAGAAGGAAGGGGAGUAUUCCAAGGUGCUGGCCAUCGCUCAGAACUUUGUGUGAGCAGAGCGGCUCUGAGCUGAGCAACCAUUCCCUCCACACUGGUGACAGUGGCCUGGAACAGAAUAAAUGUUUUAAGGUGUGUUUUCUUCC